CUGCAAAACUGCGACAAAGCAAUGCAAUGGUGGCUCGAGAACGGAAGACGACGGAAGAGAGAGUGAAGAAUCGGGCCUUCAGGUGGUGGACGGCGAAUUGAACGGAUCGAAAUUUGAUAGAAAUCGUCAGUGGCCGACGGAGAAGAUAGUGAUGAAAUGAAAUAAGAGACUGCGGAGUCUUAAACCUUUCGAAAACAAAAUAAAAAAAAUAAAAAAGGUUUUAUAAAAGUUCAUUAUUAAUUUAUUACUUAAGUAUUAAUAUUUCUUUUCAUUUUGACAAAAAUAUGUCAUUACAGUUGACGACGUAUAAAAUUUUUAGACGACCUUUAAUUUUGUAAUUGAAAAGCCUCUGCUGCUGUGGAAAUAAAUAGUAUGAAAUAACUCGAUUAAAAAAUAAUAAUUUUUGAACAAAUAAUAUUAUUAUAUUAAGAAAUGAGAAAUUAACUAAACCUUAUAACGAACGAGUCGAAGUUAGGACUUUUCAAAUAAGAAAUACAGACCGUACUAACUAACAAAUCAAUACAUAAGCCUAAAACCCUACGAAAUAAAAAAAUUGAAAAACCCUGCAAAUCUCCGUCUCUCGGCAGCAUCCCUCUCUUCAUUCGAACAUCAAACCGUUCUCUUCUCUCUCUCCCUCCUCCGAGAAAUGAAUUUGCGGCACUUGAUUUCCAGGCAAGCAGUAAACAAUGCUUCAAAAGUCAGUGGAACGUUGCCAUCGCUGCAUGCUUUCACAACCAUAGCAGCAGACCCAGUACCUCAUUACUUUCGUCUACCCGGCUAUGGCGGCUCUAAACCACUCAAGAACCCUAAUUUCCCAAAACCCAUUUCCCCAUUUCACCGGUACAUUCACUCUGCUCAAGCUCAAGCACAAGCUGUUGAUUCCGAGGAUUCCGAGCAGGAGGAAGACGGAGCCGUUCGCGAUUUCCUGUCCCGGUUCGUGUGGAUCAUGCGACAGAAGCUCUCCGAAUCGUACCUGGGAUCCGAUAAGGCAACCGUCGACGGCAUGCUGUUGAUUAUUGUGGAGAGAGUUGUGGCGGAGAUGGAGAAGGGCGGCAUUGAGCAGAUGCUCGGUUCGUCGCAGUACACCGAUUAUUUUAGUGAGGAUUUGUGGAGGACGGUGUGGGAGGUGAGCAAUAUGGUGUUGGAGGACAUGAGGAGGGAGGCGAAAAAGGAGAAGAUGAAGGGUUUUUUACAGGAAGAGGAGGUGAAGGAGAUGUGCAGAUUUGCCGGUGAAGUCGGAAUUCGAGGGGAUAUGCUUAGGGAGCUGAGGUUCAAGUGGGCACAAGAGAAGAUGGAGGAAACUGAGUUUUAUCAGAGCUUGGAGCGGCUUCGAGAGGGGGACAAGAAGGCGGAGGAAGCAGGGGAGGAAGCAGAGGGAAUGCAAGGUGAAGCCACAGGGGAAGAGGUGAAGUCUAAGGUUGUUUCACUUCCGAAGAGGCGAGGGAAGAUCAAGUACAAUAUAUAUGGUCUUGAUCUGUCUGACCCCAAGUGGGUAGAUGUGGCUGAUAGAAUCCAUGAGGCUGAAGAGAUCACUUGGCCUCAGGAACCGAAAUCCAUAUCCGGGAAAUGCAAAUUGGUAACUGAGAAAAUUAUUCAAACGAAUGUGGCGGAUGACCAGUCUCCGCUUUUGGCUGAAUGGAUAGAGCUGCUUCAACCUAGUAGGGUUGAUUGGCUCAAUUUGCUCGAUAGAUUGAAAGAGCAGAACACUGCCUUGUACUUCAAGGUCGCAGAACUUGUACUGGAUGAGAAAUCCUUCCAGACAAACAUUCGUGACUAUUCAAUUCUUAUCGAUGCCCAUGCAAAAGAGAACCAUCUAGAAGAUGCUGAGAGAAUUUUGAAGAAGAUGAAUGAAAAUGGUAUCGUGCCUGAUAUUUUAACUACCACUAGUUUGGUUCACAUGUACAGCAAGGUAGGCAAUCUUGACGGUGCCAAACAAGCAUUUGAAAGCCUAAGGAGCCAGGGCUUCAAACCAGAUGUCAAGGUCUACAAUCUGAUGAUCAUGGCAUAUGUAAAUGCUGGCCAACCGAAAUUUGGAGAGUCAUUGAUGAGAGAGAUGGAAGCAAGAGACAUCAAACCCACAAAAGAAAUCUUCAUGACAUUGCUUCGGUCAUUUGCACAACAGGGUGAUAUUGGUGGAGCGGGACGAAUUGCCAAUAUUAUGCAGUUUGCAGGGUCCCAGCCGACAUUGGAGUCUUGUACACUGCUUGUAGAGGCAUAUGGGAAAGCUGGCGACCCUGAUCAGGCAAGGAGCAACUUCGAUUACAUGAUGAAAGUUGGGCACAGGCCUGAUGACAGAUGCACUGCAAGCAUGCUUGCAGCUUAUGAAAAAAAGAAUUUACUGGAUAAAGCGCUGAAUCUGUUAACACAGCUUGAAAAGGAUGGAUUUGAGCCUGGAGUUGCCACUUACUCUGUUCUUAUAGAUUGGUUGGGUAAAUUGCAGCUAGUUGGUGAGGCUGAACAACUAUUGGGAAAGAUUGCCGAGCAGGGUGAGGCUCCUCCACUAAAAGUUCAUAUAGGCCUUUUUGAUAUGUACGCUAAGGCUGGAGUCGAGAAAAAGGCACUCCAAGCUUUGGGAGUAUUGGAGGCUAAGAAGGAUCAAUUGGGUUCAGAGGAGUUUGAGAGGAUCAUAAAUGGGCUUAUAGCUGGUGGGUUUGUGCAGGAUGCUCAUAGGGUACGCGGUCUGAUGGAGGCCCAGGGUUUUGCUCCGUCAGAGCCACUUAAGAUGGCCCUAAUGGCAUCUCAAGCUUUUGGGCGCAAAAGGCCCUCAAUGAGAAGAUAGCUUGAGGGGCCUUGACAGAUGCUUCACAAUCUUUUGGCUGCAAGACCACUGUUAAGAUGUUUUGUAGUUUAGGAAUUCAUAGCUUUUUGGCCGCACGUUGUCAGAUAAAAGGUUCUAUUCGUUGCAUUAUCAUUAUGAUACUUACCUUGUUUCCAAUGCUUACAUGGACAGAAUGCAAGUCAGGUUUUGGAGCCAGAAUUGGUAAUAAGUUGUUUGAAUGCACUAAAUGACUAGGCUGAUUUAGUUUUGCAA